AUGAAUCGAAAUAUUCCAAUCGGAAAUAAAAUCUGUGCCACUAAGGAAAUUUUUUAAAAUCAAGUAAUAUUGAAUCAACACCUCUUAAACAUGAGACCACAAAUCAACACAAGUGCACCUAAAUAAUACAACUUUCUAAAAAAUAAAGCAAUUAAGGAAGCUAUUAAACUGCAAAAGUAACAAGAAAUAGACAGAGAAAAUUAAAAUCUCAUAUCCAAAUUAACUAAUAUCAGGUAACAAUCAGCAAAUAACUCUAUUACUACUCUUCCAAUCAAUAAGUCGAGUUCUUUGAAUGUUGUUCCAAAGAGGUCUCUAAAUAAAGAUCAUAGGAAAAAGGAAUUGAUAAAAAUUGUCAUGGAAAAUUAAUAACUCUUGAAGAGAAUAUAAGAUUAGAAGUCUCAAUAUAACGUUAAAGAUUGGAAUGAAGAAAGAAAAUGCGUUGAAAAACAUAUUGCCAGCAUCUCAGAAUAUCCCUAUAAGGAUUUGAAGCCAACCAAAACUCUUGUUCAAUACUGGACCAACUCUAGGAUUAGUGAAACCCAAAUGCAGAGUAUUUUUACAAAAUAUAAUCUCUUAGAAAGAGAUAGCCAAAUCAAUAAGAAACUGGAUCCUCUCGUUUAAAGCAAAAGUCAAUAAACCAAACAAAGAAUUAGAUAAGACUAUAAUCUAGAGUAUAAAUAGCUACUAUUUCCUUAAGACUUCUAGUAAAAGUAAGCAAUUCAACAAUAUUUUUAUAGAAGUAUAUUUGAAUCUGAUUUUUAACCUUAUGAGCCUUAUCAGGAUGAGGUUGCCAAAAUCGUUAAUGAAUUGAUUGAAAAACCUUAAUUUUCUGAAGAUAAAGCUUAAAGUACAAAUUAAAACAACUAAAUAACGUCUCAUCAAAAUUAACAAGAAGAAAACUAAUAGGAAAUUAUAGAAUCAAAAUAAGAGAAACAUGAAGAAAUGGAAAAUAAAUAAUAAGAACAAUAGGAGUAAGAGAUAAAUAAUUAAGAUGAAAUUAAAAAUAUCCAAUAAAAUUCUCAUGAUGAAACACAUUAACGAGAAAAUUAAGAUCUAAAUUAAGAAAACUAAAAUUAUCAAGAAAUUUAAACGCUAAAUUUUGACAAAUAGAAUGAUGAAAUAUAGGAUUUAUAAGAUGGAUAAGAAGUUUAAGAAUGA